CCCGCCAACAUGUCGCAAUCGCCAGCUUCGUUGGGGGACGUCAAGGUUCCGGACAGCGCUGGCAGUAAUUCGGAUUCCAAAAGCCCAUUGACAAACUUCACCUUCUUCAAAAGCCUCGCGGAGAAGAAGACAACCAGAGAUGGACAACCACCCAAGAAGAGAGGUCCUAAACCCGACAGCAAGCCGGCCUUGACACGUCGACAGGAGCUGAACCGCCAGGCUCAGAGAACUCAUCGUGAACGAAAAGAGAUGUAUAUCAAGGCUCUGGAGCAAGAAGUCUUGCGCAUCAAGGAAUCCUUUACCGGCGUUUCGAAAGAACGUGACGCAUUUGCGGAAGAGAACCGACGCUUGAAAGAGCUCCUUGCCGCGCAUGGGAUCUCUUAUGACUUUUCGACUCCACCCCAGAUGCACCAUUUCGGAAGCUCGUAUGGCGACAGCUCGUCUGGAAGUGUCUCAGGUGGAUAUGGUGCCCGCACAAACUCCACGGGGUACACCUCUCCAGCUACUAUGCAACACCGCGGUUCGAUCUCUCAAGACACGGUGCCGAUCCAGCAACAACCACAGCCUGGUGUGCCAGCCAACGGCAUGGACUACGAUCAGAUCGGGAUUGACUUCGUUCUAACUCUCGAGCGACCCUGCAUGGACCACAUGCAAUUUUUAAUGGUGCGAGCACACGACGAUGAUGAGACGAUAAGCGGGCAUGCGUUGAUGGCGACGGCACCGCCCGAGUCUCACAUCGCAAAGUGCCCACACGAAGAAUACCCGCAUCAAAUGCCCGACAUUGCGAUGCCGGAUUUAAUGAAGCUGCUGGAUCUCAGCAACCGACUCCCACUCGAUGGCGAGAUCACACCAAUCAUGGCAUGGGUGAUAAUUCUCCAGGAUCCGAAGAUGGCACAGCUCACCAAAGAGGACUUGGAGCUGAUCAAGGGGGAUCUCGUUGCCAAAGUCAGAUGCUACGGCUUUGGCGCGGUUCUUGAAGAAUUCGAGGUUCGAGAUGCCUUGAUGGCUGUCUUUGCAGCCAAGAUCCAUGGAAGCAAGCACACGGCGACGAACUUGACGGUACCAUAA